CGUUCGACGGGCUAUGUCUGACGCCAGUCACGCCACAACCUUCAUCGUGUCAGGUGCACGGGCUCCUGAAGAAACCCUAUCCCGCGGAUAAUUCGUUCGCAGUUGAACAUAGGCAACCUGAAGAUUUUUCAUCGGUUCCAAAGAAACAGAGAAUGUGGUUGUCGAAGACAUCGCUCCUGUUGGUGCUAAUCGGGCUGGUGAACUCUGAAAAGAGUAAUGAGGACGACGCGUCCAGUGUCUUCAUGGAGGAGGCCAGAAACCUCUUUUCCAAGAAGUCACUCGAAAACAUGGCUCAGGCAUUCGCACAUUCGGAUACCGGCAAGCAAGUCGGCGACAUGAUGUUCGAAAAGAGAUCCACGAUAGAUGAUGUCGGACAAAUCAUUUCGGGGAUCAGUAAUUUGAUGUCAGGUGGACAAAAUAAUCAAGGUUUCGACUUAUCGAUGGUGACUUCAAUUCUGGGCGCGUUGAGUGCGAGCAACAAUGUUGGUAGAAGAUCGAUGAGAGACACGGAACAUAAGGAGGAGCCCGGCAUAGACUGGGCCAACAUAGUCAACAUAGGCAGCAUGUUCUUGCAACAAAAUGCCAAUAGCGACGUAGCCAUGGGUCUUGUGCCAAUGCUUCUAGAAGCCCUCGGUCACGGAGUUAACGACAACGAUGCCGGGAAUAAAGAUCACUCGGGACACUCUUGGUUCUUGCCACCGAUAUUGGAAAACGUUCACGUCAUGUGGGAGCACUUCAGUAAUUCAGAACUCGGGCAAACGUUAUGGAAAAAUAGCGGUCUAUCGACAGUAAUUGCUCAAAUGUCGGACGAGCAGGGCAAUAUUCUAUGGGAGAAGAUUCUGGACAGUUUUGAAAAUCCUAUGGUACGUCGAAGAUGGAUCAAGUCACUCACAAAUUUUGUGGCCGAAUGGAUCUCUCAUGUUUCUGAUCCAGCGAAUCAGCAACGUUAUCUUACGACAGUGCAGUUCGUCGGCAACAGUUUUCUGAAAUCUCAGGGAUUCCCAAAAACAAUGAUGUUUGAUGUCGCAAAACCAACGGAAAGUCUGUCCAGAUUAGCAAAUGGGAUAGCGAAGAAGUAUUUGAAUAUGAAAAUCGACAGCUCGCAGUACGUAAGGCCAGCGAUAGCGUAUUUCCAAGAAUUAGUAAGCUUAGCCUCUGAAAAAGGUUUUAUCAUGUCCCGAGUAAAUGCACGAGAAUUAAGCAACCGACUAAGCGAUACUAUCAACAAUGACAUUAUCGCUCCCAUCCUUAAGUCGUACCGAGCGUACAAAUGGGCGACUAAAGUGCCGCACUGUGCUAGUCAAAUCUUGUGUACCAUAAAUGAGAAGAGUCAACAAGAUGAGAACACCGAGACACGCGUACGUAGCGGAUUGCUCAGGGUAGCAAGUUUCCCCGCGGCUUGGGCAGUCAGUAAUAAGUUAGGAAUUAAUUUCUGGUCUCUCUACGGAGCCAUCAUGGAGAACGAGGGAUGCAUCAGUAAAUAUCCAGCAGAUUGUACUGCUUUCCACGAAGAGGAGAUAAGGGUGACUACGGAAAAUAUUCAUAGCGAACUUUGAAUUUAACUCGAAGCCUGUGAAAGACAUUGAUUGUUAAAUUGUCUCUAAAACUGGAAAAAUGUGCUGCAGAAACCGUGUUCUUAUAUAUUCUAUCAUAUUUAUUGUACGAAAUGAAAUGCAUCUAACAAAGUUAGGCAAACGAAGUUGCAACGAAGUUGUGCUAACAAUUGCGACAAAUUAAAUUUGAUAAAAAUGACUGAAUU